AUGGAUGAGAUGGUCAUAGAUCUGGGUUAUGUUGAUGAUGGAUCUGGAGGGACGGAUGACUGGAUUGUGGUCGGUAAACUGAUAGUGGAUCGGAAUUUGAAUAAAGCAGGGGUUAUGGCGAUCCUGAGGAACAUUUGGCCUGAGAAAGAAGCUCCAGCGAUUGGUGAAGUGGGGAUGAAUACUUAUAGCAUAUCUUUUGCCUCAAAGGAAAUUAUGAUCCAUAACUUGCCAAGAGAGCUAUUGACCAAACAUAAUGGGGAGAAAAUUGGCAAAACUUUGGGUGAGAUUAUUGAAGUAGAGGAACCCAGAGGUCGGUUUGGAUUAAACAGGGGAUUUUUGCGUCUAUGCAUUGUUAUUGAUUCAGAGAAACCCCUCAAUCCCGGAUUUUGGUUUCCAAGUAAAGAUGGUGAACAGAGGUGGGCAGAUAUCAAAUAUGAGAAGCUCCCUGAUUUUUGUUUUGAUUGUGGGAGACUUGGCCAUGGUUGCAAGCACUGCAAAUUUGAAAGUAAAGGUGCUGAAAAAGAAGGGAAGUUCGGGCCACACAUGAGAACCAAUUCUCUGAGACGGUUGGAAUAUGGCGAGGAGGUGAAUGUCCAGAAGGAGAAGCAACCUGAAAACUGGAGAAGGGGAAUGGUGGUCUCCCGAGCGACGACGCGUGCUGAACCAAUGAGGAAGACGCGUGAUGAACAAUUGGCUGCUGAAGAUUCCAUCCCUAAUUCCUCGGAGGGUGCUAAAGUGGCAGCACAGUGUCAGAGGGCAGAAAAAGGAAAGUCGCCCAUCAAAUCGGUGCUAAGCAGUUGGGUCAGCAAGCCAGCUUCGUUACUGGGCCUGAUGAGUCCAAGUAAGAGUCCUAUAGGAAGCCCAGAUUGCAAUAUUGAAAAAGGCCAGAGAGAAGAGAGUCCACUAAAAGGUAAUGAGCUAGUGACUUCUUCUUUCUCUCCUACUAAGACUUUGAAGACGGUUUUGAAUUUAUCUUCUGUCUUUCGGAGACUCAAUCUUAAAAGAUUUGAGACUGAGGAACUAGAAAAUCAGAGGGCUAUUAAAAAUGCAAGAAGCUCAGUGAUUAUAGAAGAAGUGGUUGAAGAGCAGGGACAAAUCUUGACUGUUCCAAACGCUUUUGAUGGUGGGUGGAGCUCUGAAGUACCUAGGUCGAGAUUGGGCCGGAGGUCUAUGGUUAAAAGAAGAAGCUGUAGAGCAAAGAGGGAGUUGAUUGAACUUAAUGAAAUGAAUCUUACUGAAGGUGCAGGGUCGGCCUUGACAGGAAGGGAGCUCCAUGAUCAUAUCAGAAAUUACGACCCUGACAUAGUCUUCCUGAUGGAGACGAAAAAUCAAGUUGAAACUAUCGAGAAACUGAGCAAGACUUGCAAAUUUGAGAAGAAGUUUUAUGUUAAUCCUGAUGGGCUUAGUGGUGGGUUACUCUUUGGUGAAAGGAGUCUUUGGAGUGAAGGGGUAAGGUUUACUUGGGUGGCCCGUAGGGAUCAUGUGCUAAUCAGGGAGAGAUUAGAUAGGGCUUUAGCUAAUAUGGAAUGGCUUGAACUUAAUCCUAAUGCUAAAGUCCAGAAUCUGCCUGCGGUGGGAUCGGAUCAUAGCCCUAUCCUUGUGUUAUCUGACCUAAAAGAUAAGAAAGCCCCUAAGGAAUUUCGGUUUGAGUCUAUGUGGGCUGAACACAAAGAUUGUGCUGAUGUUAUUAGAAAAGGGUGGCAGCCGGAUUAUGAUGGGUCUCAAGGUUAUCAGCUUGUUAAAAAACUCAAGAAUAGCAGAAGAGCUCUUAUUGAGUGGAGUAAGAAUACUUUCCCAAACAACAGAAAGAAGAUUGAUGAUUUGAUGCACAAAAUGGCCCUUAUUCAGGAUGCUGAGCAGGUUACUACAGAGAUGAUGAAGGAAGCUGAAAAUUGUGUAAAGGAGUUGAAUGAAACUUGGGCCAAUGAAGAGAAGGCUGACCAUCUGGAUGAACCUGCACAGAUGUUGGAGUGUUUACCACAUAUUAUAUCCCAUGAGAUGAAUGAGGAUAUGACUAAGCCAAUUAGUAAUGAAGAAGUGAAAAUGGCUGCCUUUGAUCUGGGACUUCAUAAAGCCCCUGGGCCAGAUGGGUAUAAUGGUUUAUUUUUUCAAAAGUUUUGGUCCAUUGUUGGGGAUUCUGUGACUAGGGCUGUUCAAAGCUUUUUCCACAGGGGUCAUAUGCUUCGGGAGCUUAACCAAACAAAUAUUGUGUUAAUCCCUAAGGUAAAAUCCCCUGAACUUGUCUCUCAGUUUCGCCCAAUAAGCCUGUGUAACUAUGCUUACAAGGUUAUUUCAAAGAUCUUAGCUCUUAGACUUAAGCAGUACAUGAAUUUAAUUAUCUCUCAGCACCAAAGUGCCUUUGUGGAGGGCAGGCUCAUUCAGGAUAAUAUUUUGGUUGCAAAUGAGAUUUUCCAUGAGUUUAAGAUUAGAAAGAGAGGCAAGAAUUUUGAUGCAGCUGUUAAACUGGAUCUUAACAAGGCUUAUGAUCGAGUUGAUUGGAAUCUUCUGGCAGCUAUUAUGAAGAAAUUUGGCUUUUGUGAUAAAUGGGUUGAUUGGAUUCUACAGUGUAUUUCCACAGUUUCCUUCAAAUUGGUGAUUAAUGGGAAAAGUUCUGAGAUGUUUAUUCCGUCACGUGGUAUUCGCCAAGGGGAUCCACUUUCCCCUUUCUUAUUCCUUUUCAUUGCAGAAGUAUUCUCUAGAAAUGUCUCACAAGCUAUUCAGAAUGGUAGUCUUAAGGGAUCUGUAAAAUGA